GACUCGACUUUUAUUUCCUGUAUAUAACCUCGUGGUGGGUUCUACACCCUGUCAGCUCACUUCAUCAUGGACGCCAUUAAGCAAGUUUUCGAAGCCAAAAAGAAAGAGGGAGCACCUGCCUUCGUUACUUUUGUAACGGCGGGGUACCCCAAGGUCGAGAGCACUGUUCCGAUCUUGCUGGCCAUGCAAAGAGGAGGAGCGGACAUCAUUGAACUUGGAAUGCCAUUUUCCGAUCCAAUCGCUGAUGGUCCUGCAAUUCAAGAGACGAAUGCCGUCGCCCUUAAAAACAACGUUGACUAUCCGACAACGCUGGGACUCCUUCGCGAAGCACGCAAUCAGGGUCUCACUGCUCCGAUUGUCCUAAUGGGUUAUUACAAUCCACUAUUGGCUUAUGGUGAAGAAAAGGCGAUCCAGGAUGCAUACGAGGCAGGCGCGAAUGGCUUCAUUAUUGUUGAUCUUCCUCCUGAGGAAGCCAUCAGCUUCAGAGAGAAGUGCCGCAAGGCGAAUAUAUCCUACAUACCAUUGAUUGCACCUUCCACGACCCUCCAUCGUAUCAAAUUCCUAUCGUCCAUUGCCGACACUUUCAUUUACAUUGUUUCGAAGAUGGGUACGACGGGCUCAUCGGUAUCAGGGACUGUCAAUACAGCCCUUCCAGACAUUAUCGCUCGCGUGCGACAAUAUGCCACCGUACCUCUAGCCGUCGGCUUCGGUGUCGCAACUCGGGAGCACUUCGAGCAUGUUGCCAAUGCAGGUGCAGACGGUGUUGUGAUUGGUAGUCGGCUCGUCGCUAUCAUCAAGACCUCCUCUCCAGACCAGAUCAUUCCAAAAGUUGAAGCAUAUUGCCUCGAGAUCAGUCGCAAAGGCGAACCAUUCCACUCAGCUCCGAUUCAAGGCUCUAGCUCUUCGCAACCCGUCACGAAUGUGAACAGGGAUGCGCCUCCAGCUGUACACACUAUUGCUGACUCUACGGUCCUCCCUCCUCGUUUCGGACAAUUCGGCGGACAGUACGUCCCAGAGUCACUGUUCGAUUGCUUGGUGGAGUUAGAAGAAGCACACAAAUCUGCAAUGGCCGACCCAGAGUUCUGGAAAGAGUUCCGAGGGUUGUAUGGCUACAUGAAUCGUCCUUCAAACCUGUACAAGGCUGAGAAGUUGACAGAACAUGCAGGUGGUGCGACUAUCUGGCUAAAGCGCGAAGACCUUAACCAUACAGGUUCACAUAAGAUCAACAAUGCAAUCGGACAGAUUCUCCUCGCUCGCCGCAUAGGCAAGAAACGUAUCAUUGCUGAGACUGGUGCAGGCCAACACGGAGUUGCUACUGCUACUGUGUGUGCUCGCUUUGGUAUGGAAUGCGUUAUCUACAUGGGAGCAGAGGACGUUCGACGUCAGGCAUUGAAUGUUUUCCGUAUUCAAAUGCUCGGCGCCACAGUCAUCCCUGUCCACUCAGGUUCAUGUACACUGAAAGACGCGGUGAACGAAGCCAUGCGUGAUUGGGUCACCAACCUUGCAACCACUCACUACCUGGUCGGUUCAUGUAUCGGACCUCACCCCUUCCCCACCAUCGUCCGUGACUUCCAGCAUGUCAUCAGUAAGGAAAUCAAGGAACAACUUCAAGCCGCAGCUGGAAAGCUACCUGAUGUAGUCGUUGCUUGUGUGGGAGGUGGCAGUAAUGCCAUUGGAACCUUCUACGACUUCAUUCCCGACAAAAGCGUGCGAUUGAUUGGUGUCGAGGCUGGUGGCGAAGGUCUCGAUGGUGAUCGACACAGUGCAACCCUAUCGAUGGGUCAACCUGGUGUCUUGCAUGGUGUUCGAACAUACAUCCUACAAUCAGAGGCUGGACAGAUCAUCGAGACUCACUCGAUUAGUGCUGGUCUUGACUACCCUGGUGUGGGUCCCGAGCACGCUUGGCUGAAGGAUAGCGGGCGAGCGGAGUAUGUUGUCGCUACUGAUGAGGAAGCUCUUCGAGGCUUCAGGAUGUUGACACAAUUAGAGGGUAUCAUUCCAGCUCUUGAGUCUUCACAUGCUGUCUGGGAAGCAGUCCGACUCGCCAAGACCCUUCCUAAAGACCAAGACAUCGUCAUUUGUCUGUCAGGUCGUGGUGACAAAGACGUCGAACAAAUCUCGCAACUCCUGCCAGGAAAAUGGGCCGACAAGCUUGACUGGCACAUUAGUACCACUGCAUGAGCGCGGGCAGCUAUUCCUGAAGGAUCGGAGUACAUACCUAGGAAGAAGUGACAAUGUAUUUGGAAGUUGUACUGACUGUAAUAUUGAAUACAGGUAGAAGUGUAUCCAUAUAGACCACAUAUAUGCGCCCAGAGAUCAGGUUGGCUAUCGAGACUGGCGUGUCCUUGGGUUGAAGACUGCAUUAUGGAAAGCAAUUUUGGUUCUGAUGGUGUGGACUUCGUAUUGGACGUCGUCCCGAAGGACCACAGGCGCCAAAAGAUAUCCUCGCUUGACCAAGAACCAUCAGCACCCUGUCCACGACCAACACUCUUUACUUCUUUCUCUACUGAUAAUGGUUCGGCAAUACAGUCAACUUCAUC